AUGCCUGACUUUAGUUCCUUUCCACCCUCUACCACGCCGAUGGCAUUUGUUCUGUCGCUUACGUAUUCACCUCGACAAGUGUCCAGAGAUUCCCUAGAGCUUCUGUGUGCCAUGGGAAGUCGUACCCCGACUUGGCAGGCAUUCUUACACCGAAUGAACCAGUGCGCAGCAUCGAAAGUUGACAAAAACGUCACGGACGAAACAGUGAAGAUGCUGUUCUCGAACAUUGAAGACAUCCUUGCAGUACAUAAGGAAUUCUUGAAAGUCGUGGAAGAAUGCUUACAUCCCGAACCCAAUGCUCAGCAAGAAGUGGGAACCUGCUUUCUUCAUUUUAAAGACAAGUUUCGUAUCUACGACGAAUAUUGUAGUAACCAUGAGAAGGCACAAAAAUUGCUUCUUGAACUUAACAAAAUUAGAACAAUUCGGACAUUUCUUUUGAACUGCAUGCUCCUUGGAGGACGAAAGAACACAGACGUUCCCCUGGAAGGAUAUUUAGUAACCCCGAUACAAAGAAUAUGCAAGUACCCCCUUCUUCUGAAGGAGUUGCUGAAGCGGACGCCUAGGAAACACAGUGACUACGCAGCAGUCAUGGAAGCCCUCCAAGCCAUGAAGGCCGUCUGCUCCAACAUAAAUGAGGCCAAGAGACAGAUGGAGAAGUUGGAAGUAUUGGAGGAAUGGCAGUCUCACAUCGAAGGCUGGGAGGGGUCCAACAUUACUGACACCUGCACUGAAAUGCUAAUGUGUGGAGUCUUACUGAAAAUUUCUUCUGGAAAUAUUCAAGAGCGGGUGUUUUUCCUUUUCGAUAAUCUCCUGGUGUAUUGCAAAAGAAAACACAGACGAUUGAAGAACAGCAAGGCAUCUACAGAUGGACAUCGGUACCUUUUCCGUGGCCGGAUCAAUACAGAAGUGAUGGAAGUGGAGAAUGUGGAUGAUGGAACAGCUGACUUCCAUAGCAGCGGACACAUUGUUGUUAAUGGAUGGAAGAUACAUAACACAGCAAAAAAUAAAUGGUUUGUGUGUAUGGCAAAAACACCCGAAGAGAAACACGAAUGGUUUGAAGCUAUUUUGAAAGAACGAGAACGGCGAAAAGGUUUAAAAUUAGGAAUGGAGCAAGAUACCUGGGUAAUGAUCUCUGAACAGGGUGAGAAACUUUAUAAAAUGAUGUGCAAACAAGGAAAUCUGAUCAAAGACAGAAAAAGAAAACUGACUACGUUCCCUAAAUGCUUUCUUGGAAGUGAAUUUGUAUCCUGGUUGUUGGAAAUUGGCGAGAUUCAUAGGCCUGAAGAAGGUGUUCAUUUGGGACAAGCAUUAUUAGAAAAUGGAAUCAUCCACCAUGUUACUGAUAAACAUCAGUUCAAACCAGAACAGAUGUUAUAUAGAUUUCGCUAUGACGAUGGGACAUUUUAUCCAAGAAAUGAAAUGCAGGAUGUCAUUUCAAAGGGUGUAAGAUUAUAUUGCCGUCUUCAUAGUCUGUUUACUCCAGUGAUCAGAGAUAAAGAUUACCAUUUAAGGACCUACAAAUCUGUAGUCAUGGCCAACAAACUGAUAGACUGGCUAAUUGCACAGGGGGAUUGCCGCACCAGAGAAGAGGCAAUGAUAUUUGGCGUCGGACUCUGUGACAAUGGAUUUAUGCAUCAUGUCCUGGAAAAAAGUGAAUUCAAAGAUGAACCCCUACUUUUUCGUUUUUUUGCGGAUGAAGAAAUGGAGGGAUCCAAUAUGAAACAUCGACUUAUGAAACAUGAUUUAAAAGUUGUGGAAAAUGUUAUAGCUAAAUCAUUAUUGAUUAAAUCCAAUGAAGGCAGCUAUGGUUUUGGGUUAGAAGACAAAAAUAAAGUUCCAAUAAUUAAGUUGGUAGAAAAGGGGUCUAAUGCUGAGAUGGCUGGCAUGGAAGUUGGGAAAAAGAUUUUUGCUAUUAAUGGUGACCUAGUUUUUAUGAGACCUUUCAGUGAAGUGGAUUGCUUCCUGAAAUCAUGCUUAAACAGCAGAAAACCUCUAAGAGUUCUUGUGAGCACAAAGCCAAGAGAGACCGUGAAAAUCCCCGACUCCGCCGAGGGACUUGGGUUCCAGAUCCGAGGGUACGGCCCGUCCGUCGUGCACGCGGUAGGCAGAGGCACUGUAGCGGCAGCAGCUGGGCUUCACCCUGGGCAGUGCAUUAUCAAGGUGAAUGGGAUCAAUGUCAGCAAAGAGACACACGCCAGUGUUAUCGCGCAUGUCACAGCCUGCCGGAAAUACAGGAGGCCAAUGAAGCAAGAUUCCAUUCAGUGGGUUUAUAAUAGCAUUGAGAGCGCUGAAGAAGACCUUCGACAAAAGUCUAACUCCAAAUCCCCUGGGGAGGAAGCCGGGGAUGCCUUUGACUGCAAAGUAGAAGAGGUCAUUGACAAGUUCAACACCAUGGCCAUCAUCGAUGGGAAGAAGGAGCACGUGAGUCUGACGGUGGAUAACGUCCACCUGGAAUACGGGGUCGUGUAUGAAUAUGACAGCACAGCCGGGAUAAAGUGCAAUGUGGUGGAGAAGAUGAUCGAGCCCAAAGGUUUCUUCAGCCUCACUGCCAAGAUUCUCGAAGCCCUGGCUAAAAGUGAUGAUCAUUUUGUACAAAACUGCACCAGCCUUAACUCUUUAAAUGAAGUGAUUCCUACUGACCUUCAGAGUAAAUUCAGUGCCGUUUGCAGUGAAAAAAUCGAGCACAUAUGUCAGCGAAUAUCCAGUUAUAAAAAGUUUUCUCGUGUACUAAAGAAUCGAGCCUGGCCCACCUUUAAACAAGCCAAAUCUAAAAUCUCCCCACUACACAGCAGUGAUUUCUGCCCUACCAACUGCCAUAUCAAUGUGAUGGAAGUCUCUUAUCCCAAAACAUCGACCUCUCUGGGGAGUGCAUUUGGUGUUCAGUUGGAUAGUAGGAAGCACAAUUCUCAUGAUAAAGAAAACAAAUCUGAGCAAGGGAAACUGAGCCCUAUGGUGUACAUUCAGCACACGAUUACGACCAUGGCGGCCCCUUCGGGCCUGUCCCUGGGACAGCAGGAUGGUCACGGUCUCCGGUAUUUGUUAAAAGAAGAAGACUUAGAAACCCAAGAUAUCUAUCAAAAACUGCUGUGCAAACUGCAGACUGCACUGAAAGAGGUGGAGAUGUGUGUUUGUCAAAUAGACGACCUUCUGUCUUCGAUAACAUACUCUCCUAAAUUAGAGCGUAAAGCAUCAGAGAGCCUAGUGCCACUCGACAGCGACAAUGAGAAGGGGGAGAGAAACAGCAAACGCGUCUGUUUUAACGUGGCAGGAGACGAGCAGGAAGAUUCAGGUCAUGACACCAUCAGCAACAGAGACUCUUACAGUUCUAGUGCUACCAGUCCGAAACUGAGGUAUCAGCACGGUGAUGAACUUCCCCUAAGUGUUCGCAUUUCUCAUGAAAAACAGGAUAAGCUACAUAGUUGCUUGGAGCAUCUUUUCAGCCAGGUGGAUGCGAUUACCAAUCUCCUAAAAGGGCAAGCUGUCGUGAGGGCCUUUGAGCAAACCAAGUACCUCACCCCAGGUCGAGGGUUACACGAAUUCCAGCAGGAAAUGGAGCCAAAGCUGAGUUGUCCCAAAAGGUUAAGACUUCACAUCAAGCAAGAUCCUUGGAAUCUGCCCAGCAGCGUCCGGAGUCUUGCUCAGAACAUCAGAAAAUUUGUCGAAGAGGUAAAGUGUAGGAUACUCCUGGCACUUCUUGAAUAUUCAGACAGUGACCCACAGCUCCGAAGAGACAUGGUUUUCUGCCAGAGUCUCGUGGCCACAGUCUGCGCCUUCUCGGAGCAGCUCAUGGCGGCCUUAAACCAGAUGUUUGACAACAGCAAGGAGAACGAGAUGGAAACGUGGGAAGCCAGCAGACGGUGGCUGGACCAGAUAGCGAACGCCGGCGUGCUCUUUCACUUUCAGUCGCUUCUGUCACCAAACCUGACAGAUGAACAAGCCAUGCUCGAAGAUACACUGGUUGCACUCUUCGAUUUAGAAAAGGUUUCUUUUUUCUUUAGACCAUCCGAAGAGGAACCACUGGUUGCUAAUGUUCCUCUUACGUAUCAAGUGGAGGGAACCCGACAAGCUCUGAAGGUUUACUUCUACAUUGAUACUUACCACUUUGAACAGCUGCCUCAACGGUUGAAAAAUGGAGGAGGCUUCAAAAUUCAUCCUGUUCUUUUUGCACAAGCACUGGAAAGCAUGGAAGGAUAUUAUUAUCGAGACAAUGUUUCAGUGGAAGAAUUUCAAGCCCAAAUAAAUGCCGCCUCAUUGGAAAAGGUCAAACAAUACAACCAGAAACUCAGGGCAUUCUACCUGGACAAGUCAAAUUCACCACCAAACUCCACAUCCAAGGCCGCCUAUGUAGAUAAGCUCAUGCGGCCUCUCAAUGCUUUGGAUGAGCUUUAUCGCCUUGUGGCCUCGUUUAUCAGAUCCAAGCGCACAGCUGCCUGUGUGAACACGGCGUGCAGUGCCUCCGGGGUUGGGCUGUUGUCAGUGUCCUCGGAGCUGUGCAGCCGGCUGGGGGCCUGCCACAUCAUCAUGUGCAACAGCGGCGUGCAUCGGUGCACCCUGAGCGUGACAGUGGAGCAGGCCAUCAUUCUGGCCAGAAGCCACGGACUGCCUCCUCGCUACAUUAUGCAGGCUACAGAUGUGAUGCGGAAGCAGGGAGCAAGAGUUCAGAACACAGCAAAGAAUUUGGGAGUCAGAGACCGGACCCCACAGUCUGCUCCCAGGCUGUACAAGCUGUGCGAGCCGCCUCCCCCAGCUGGAGAAGAAUAA